AUGAAGAUUUUGUUUCAAUACCAGACAUUCAGAUUCCUCUGGCUUGCCAAGCCACCUGGCCGGCACUUUCACAAAGAUUACCAGCUCUGGGCACCUCUGACCCUUGAUGACUUUGAAGCCAUAAAUCGCUGUGAGAAGAUGUUGCCUAAGAACUUUAACUUUGCUGGCGAUGUGCUGGACCAGUGGUCUCAAAAAGAGAAGACAGGAGAGAGACCUGCCAAUCCAGCCCUGUGGUGGGUGAAUGGUAAAGGGGAUGAGGUGAAAUGGAGCUUUGGGGAACUGAGCAUCUUGUCCCGAAAGGCUGCCAACGUGCUCACCAAACCCUGUGGCCUGAAGAGAGGAGACCGCGUGGCUGUGAUUCUACCCCGGAUCCCAGAGUGGUGGCUCAUAAAUGUGGCUUGUAUGCGAACAGGGCUUGUCUUCAUGCCAGGAACAAUACAGCUGACAGCAAAGGACAUUCUCUAUCGACUGCAAGCAUCCAAGGCCAAGUGCAUUGUGGCCAGUGAGGAGGUGGCCCCAGUUGUGGAGUCGAUUGUGUCGGACUGCCCAGACUUGAAGACCAAGCUCCUGGUGUCUCCACACAGCCAGGAAGGGUGGCUCAGCUUCCAGGAGUUAUUUCAAUCUGCCUCGGAAGAACACAGCUGUGUGGAAACAGGAAGUCAAGAACCAAUGGCUAUUUACUUCACCAGUGGAACCACAGGUUCUCCCAAGAUGGCCCAGCACUCUCAGAGCAGCCUCGGCAUUGGAUACACCCUCUGUGGGAGGUAUUGGCUAAACUUGAAGUCGUCAGAUAUUAUAUGGAACAUGUCCGACACUGGCUGGGUCAAGGCUGCCAUUGGUAGUGUGUUUUCUUCCUGGCUUCAAGGAGCCUGUGUUUUUGUGCAUCGGAUGGCCCAGUUUGACACAGACACCUUCCUCGAUACACUUACCAAGUAUCCUAUCACAACCCUGUGUAGCGCUCCCACUGUGUUCCGGAUGCUGGUGCAAAAGGACCUCACCAGGUAUAAGUUCAAGAAGCUGCAGCACUGUUUGACGGGAGGAGAGCCACUCAACCCAGAGGUGCUGGAGCAGUGGAAGGCGCAAACGGGGCUGGAGCUGUACGAGGGCUAUGGACAGACAGAAGUGGGAAUCAUUUGUGCCAAUCAGAAAGGACAAGAAAUUAAACCAGGCUCGAUGGGGAAAGGUGUGCCACCCUACGAUGUCCAGAUUAUAGAUGAAAAUGGCAAUAUCCUACCACCUGGCAAAGAAGGGGAAAUUGCUCUCAGACUCAAGUCUACGCGGCCCUUCUGUUUCUUCUCUGAAUAUGUGGACAAUCCGGAGAAAACUGCCGCCACAAUGAGAGGACGUUUUUAUGUCACUGGAGACAGAGCAGUGAUGGACAGCGAUGGGUAUUUCUGGUUUGUCAGCCGAACUGAUGAUGUCAUCAUAACCUCUGGGUACCGCAUCGGGCCCUUUGAAGUGGAGAGCGCUCUCAUUGAGCAUCCAGCAGUUGUGGAGUCCGCUGUGGUCAGCAGCCCAGACCCAAUCAGAGGCGAGGUGGUGAAAGCUUUUGUUGUCUUAUCUGCACCCUUUAAAUCAUCCAACCCAGAGAAAUUAACUGUUGAACUUCAGGAUCAUGUGAAAAAAACAACCGCACCUUACAAAUACCCAAGAAAGGUGGAAUUUGUUCAAGAACUCCCAAAGACUAUCACAGGAAAAAUCAAACGAAAUGUUUUACGAGACCAAGAAUGGGGACGAAGAUAA